AUGGCUGUAAAAGAUUCUAUACCAACUGAAAUUUUACAAAAUCCUGAACUAUAUGGUCUAAGAAGAUCACAUAGAGCCAGUGCAAACACGCAGCAACACUAUAUAGAAGAUGAUGAUGACGAUGAUACAAUAAUAAAAUCAAAUAGAAGAAACAAGAAAAAUAAGAAUUAUGAUGAUGAAGAAGAAGAUGAUUUUGAUGACAAUGAUAUUGAUGAUGACGAAGAAGAAGAGGAAGAUUUUAUUGAUGACGAUGACGAUGAUGAUUAUGGUAGAAUAGUAUCAAAGAAGAAAUCUAAGAAGAAAAACAAAGUAUUGAAAGAGAAAACCAUAAAUUUACCAACUAGAUUCUCAUCUCGUAAUAAUAAUAAAGUUGUUAAUUACAAUACUGAAUAUUCUGACGAAGAUUUAUUAGAGUCCGGCGAAGAUGAUUAUGAUGAUGAAGAUGACAUCGAUGAUAAUGAAGGAUUAUCAGAGCAUGACUACGAACAAUCUGUAACACCUGCUGCUUUGGAAGAUAAUCAUUCCAUCGAUCUAGUUGUGACACACAAAUUAAAGGAUGGCGCUGAUGAAUCAGCACUCAAAACUAUACCUGAUUUACCUCAAUGCAAAAAAUCAUUCCAAUUUCUGAUAAAAUGGGCAGAUCAAUCUCAUCUUCACAAUAGCUGGGAAACUUACGAAUCAUUGGAUGGAAUUCGUGGUAUCAAAAGAUUGGAUAAUUAUUGUAAACAAUUCAUUAUCCAAGAUCAACAGGUCAGAUUGGACCCAUAUAUCACACGUGAAGAUUUGGAAGUCAUGGACAUGGAAAGUGAACGUAGAUUAGAUGAAUUCCAAGAGUAUACACUACCUGAAAGAGUCAUCGAUAGUCAGCGUGUAACGCUUGACGAUGGGACGUCUCAAUUACAAUACUUGGUCAAAUGGUGCCAUUUGAACUAUGACGAAUCUACUUGGGAAAAUGCUGUCGAUCUCGUCAAAUUGGCUCCAAAUGAAGUAACACAUUUUCAAAAUAGGUCCACAUCUAGACAUUUACCACAAUUUUCAACUAAUUAUGCUUCAAAUCAAAGACCUCAUUUUGAAAAGCUAGAUGCACAGCCCUCAUAUAUCAAAAGUGGUGAAUUGAGGGAUUUUCAACUCACAGGUAUUAAUUGGAUGGCUUUCUUAUGGUCAAAAAAUGAUAAUGGUAUAUUGGCAGAUGAAAUGGGACUGGGGAAAACUGUCCAAAUGGUGUCUUUUAUUAGUUGGUUAGUAUAUUCACGCAAACAAAAUGGACCUCAUUUAGUAGUUGUUCCCCUAUCAACUAUGCCUGCCUGGCAAGAAACUUUUGCCAAAUGGGCACCUGGUCUAAAUUGCGUAUGCUACAUGGGUAACCAAAAAUCAAGAGAUACAAUACGAGAAUUCGAAUUUUAUACAAACCCACAGGCAAAGGGUAAGAAAAAUGUUAAAUUUAACGUUUUAUUAACGACAUACGAAUAUAUCUUAAAAGAUCGUGAUGAACUGGGAAGUAUCAAGUGGCAAUUUCUUGCCGUUGACGAAGCACAUAGAUUGAAAAACGCUGAAUCCUCAUUAUAUGAAUCAUUGAAUAGCUUCAAAGUUCAUGACCGACUUCUAAUCACAGGUACGCCCCUUCAAAAUAAUAUAAAAGAAUUAGCAGCCUUAGUUAAUUUUUUAAUGCCUGGAAGGUUUACCAUUGAUCAAGAAAUUGAUUUUGAAAAUCAAGAUGACGAACAAGAAGAAUAUAUCAGAGAGCUACACAAAAGAUUACAACCUUUCAUUUUACGUAGAUUAAAAAAGGAUGUUGAAAAAUCUUUGCCUUCAAAGACUGAACGUAUUCUGCGUGUGGAGCUGUCAGAUAUCCAAACUGAAUAUUAUAAAAAUAUUCUCACCAAAAAUUAUAGAGCUUUACAAGCAGGUGCAAAGGGAGGUCAUAUUUCUUUAUUGAACGUCAUGAGUGAACUUAAAAAGGCAUCUAAUCAUCCUUAUCUAUUUGAUAAUGCUGAGGAUCGUGUGUUGCAAAAGUUUGGUGAUGGGAGAAUGACACGUGAUAAUAUUUUAAGAGGGUUAAUCAUGUCUUCUGGUAAGAUGGUGUUAUUAGACAAGUUAUUAACAAGAUUGAAGAAGGAUGGCCACAGAGUAUUAAUUUUUUCUCAAAUGGUUAGAAUGCUAGACAUCAUGGGUGAUUAUCUAUCAAUCAAAGGUAUCAACUUCCAGAGGUUAGAUGGUACGAUACCUUCUGCGCAAAGAAGGAUAUCCAUAGAUCACUUCAAUGCACCAGAUUCAGUUGAUGAUGUAUUUUUAUUAUCAACAAGAGCAGGUGGUUUGGGUAUCAAUUUAAUGACAGCGGACACCGUCAUUAUUUUUGAUUCUGAUUGGAACCCUCAAGCAGAUUUACAAGCUAUGGCCAGAGCGCAUCGUAUUGGUCAAAAGAAUCACGUAAUGGUCUACAGACUCGUUUCAAAAGAUACAGUUGAAGAGGAAGUUCUUGAAAGGGCACGUAAGAAGAUGAUUUUAGAAUAUGCAAUUAUUUCGCUUGGUGUCACUGAUGGGAACAAAUAUACAAAAAAGAAUGAUAUGAAUGCUGGAGAGUUAUCGGAAAUUCUUAAAUUUGGUGCAGGGAAUAUGUUCACAGCAAACGAUAAUCAAAAGAAAUUGGAAGAUUUGAAUUUAGAUGAUGUUUUAAACCAUGCUGAAGACCAUAUUACAACACCUGAUCUUGGCGAGUCUCACCUUGGUGGUGAAGAAUUUUUAAAGCAAUUUGAAGUUACAGAUUAUAAGGCAGAUGUAGAUUGGGAUGAUAUUAUUCCUGAGGAGGACUUGAAGAAAUUUCAAGAUGAAGAACAAAGAAUAAAAGAUGAGGAAUAUGUCAAGGAACAGUUAGCAAUGAUGAAUAGAAGGGAUAAUGCUUUGAAAAAAAUUAAGAAUAGUGUUGCAGGUAACAAUACACCACCAGAUUCUGAUGAUGAAAGUUAUUCAAAAUCAAGAAGAAGAGCCAGAGCCAACGACCUAAAUAAUAUUGGUGAAAGUGAAAUUCGUGCAAUGUAUAAAGCUCUUUUGAAAUUCGGUGAUUUGACGGAUAUGUUUGAAGGAUUAAUAGCGGAUGGCACUUUACCUGUUAGAUCAAUCGAAAGAUAUCAAGAGGUAUUCUCAGAACUUGUUUCAACCGCUAAAGACUUUACUGAAAGUGAAGAAGCAAAAAGAACUGAACUAAUCUCGAAACUCGAGAAAGAAGCAAAUAUAUACAGAGCCAAACUGAAAUCUGGUGAAAUCAAAGAAACAGAAGAGGAGAGUAAAACUAAUCCAAUAGCCAAAUUGGCCAUGAAGAGAAAAGAAAAGAAGGCUGCACUAUUUGCAUUUAUGAAUGUCAAACAAUUGAAUGCUGAGACUAUAGCUAAUAGAGUUGACGGCAUGAGUACUUUAAAGAAACACAUACAUACGCAUUUCAAGGAUAACGUGAUGAAAUUUAACCUGGGAAACAAAACGCCAAAACCAGCACAGAAUUGGAGUUGUAACUGGACCAAGGCUAACGAUGAGAAUUUAUUGAUUGGUGUUUUCAAACAUGGAUAUGGUUCAUGGGCUCAAAUCAGAGAUGAUCCAUUUUUGGGUCUUACGAAUAUGAUUUUCCUGAAUGACCCACAAACAGACAAUGGUAGAAUGGUCAAGAAAGAGGAUACCAAGGAUAUUACUGCUAAGAAAGGUAAGGGUAUUACUGGGUUUUCCAAAAAGGUUCCGGCUGCCAUUCAUCUGAGCAGAAGAGUUGACUACCUAUUCUCUGUGUUAAAAGAAGAUCAACCAGAGUAUCCAGCAAGUUCAAAUGUUAGCAAGAGUGGUAGUAUAGACUCUUCAAUUGACAAGUUGCCGAAUGGAACUAAAAGGAAGAGACAACGUAAAAUUUCUGCUCCAUCCACGAAAGCAGGGACACCACACAGUGCAAAUAGUGACACUCCUCCAGCUAAACGUAUGAAACCAUUCCCAAAGGGUCCCGCAGCAAUGAAGAAUCCACGUUUGAACUCCUUCACAUCUAACCACGAAAAUCAAGGAAUUGAUGAAAAACAUGAAAAGGAAUACGAAAGCAUGAAUGAAGACGAAUGUAGACAUACUAUGAGUACAGUGCGCACAUCUUUGAAAAAGUUAAGACGCGGCGGUAAAGGCUUGGACCGUAAAGAGUGGGCCAAUAUCUUAAAGACAGAACUCACGACGAUUGGUAGCUUUAUAGAAAAGGAGAAAGGAAGUUCCAGGAGCUAUUCUGCAGACAAGUUUCGCAAGCAUUUAUGGUCAUAUGCUUCAUAUUUCUGGCCUGCAAAUGUCAAGAGCACGAAGCUCAUGGCCAUGUACGACAAAAUAACUGCAUCAAAAGACGGUGUAAGCACCGCUGAAAAGAAAGCAUAA